AUGGAGUGUGAAUUUCAGAUCAACACCCGAAGCCCCCUCCUCUCCGUUUUUCAGAAGAGGCCCCCAGAAACUAAGCAGCGGGUCGCACAAAGACGGCUGGGGCACGACUGCAUGCUCCACUUUCCUCACAGCAGGCGGAUGGUGUCGGUGGUGGUGGUAGUGGUGGUGGUGGUGGUGGGGUUUCCCGUAGCAGGUAUGUGAUCUUCUCCCAGCCAGCGCGUCCAGGACCGGACCGAUAGCUCCAUGUCGAGGGGCUCUAUUCAAAAGUAAUGAUCGCUGCUGCUCCCCCUCCUCCUCCUCCUCCUCCAGCUCAUGAGCGUGCACCCAGGCUCCUUCCGACGGUUACACCGCAUAAAAAAGGGAGCACUUCAAGGAGAGACGAGAUGCGCCCCAGUCUCGCUACCAAAUCAAACUCCGGGCACGUCUUUUCUCUGUGCCAAGUCUGCACGCAGGUCUCCAGCGACCCGGUCCACAGGUACAGCCCGAAGAGGAAGAGGCAGGACUUCUUUAGGUCUGGGUUUUAGGAGUGCUCCCCGGGUUCUUCCCUCUGCGUCUCCUCCACACGCCGUGCAGUCAGUCGGAGCUACAGCCGGACUGGAGGCAAACAAGGCGAGAAGAAACGGCGCACCGGUCCCCGCUCUGCAGCAGCUGGCUGUGGAGGGAGGGGCGCAAAAUCUGGAGCGGAUUCCCUCUCAGCAAGCGGACCGGAUCCUCGUGCUAAUUAUGACAGCCCAUGUUACAGCUAAUAUAAAAGCCUCAUCACUCAUUUUUCAUAGCACACACGAGUUCAGCUGUGUUUUCUGGAAGCUUCUGUACGGUGGCCGAGAACCGCCACAGCUGCAAAUUAAAAAAGAAUGCAAAAAAAAAGAAGUCAGAGGAAGUUACCGAUGCAAAAAAAGGAAAUGA